AUGAAACAACCAUUUACAUCCAUAUCCCCAACCCCCCUCUACCUCUCUCUCCCCCUCACCCUCCUCACUCUCCUCCUCACUCUCCCCCUCACCCACGCCGGCCCCGCCCCCAGCAUCCCCAACUUCACCCUAACCUGGUCCGACACCUUCACCGGCAGCGCCGGACACCUCGCCUCCCCCUCCAACUGGCAAUACGAAACACCCCUCACAAACAAUAACAACGAGAUCCAACAGUACACAUCCUUCCCCCUCAACGCCAAUCUCUCCGGCUACUCCACUUUACACAUAACACCCCUCUAUACGCCCCUCACGCACACCUGGACCUCCGCACGCCUCAGCACACACCAGAGUUUUGGGUGCGCGAACGGCGAAGAGAUGAUCUUGCAAGCUUCUAUUAAAUUAGGACAAAAUGACAUUUCGCACCAACAAGGAUUCUGGCCUGCAUUUUGGACAUUGGGAGAAUCAUUUCGGAGUAAUUUUUCCUGGCCCAAUUGUGGAGAAUGGGAUAUCAUGGAACUAGUCAACGGAGCAUCAUGGAACAUGGGAUCCGCACAUUGGGAAUCUGCAUCGUCUGAAACCGCACAAUCGUUGUCGUCGUCGAAUGAGGCGCUGGAUCGCUCCAAAUGGCAUACGUAUGGAGUGAGGGUAUCGCGGAUCGGGAGUUGGGAAACGCAGAGUAUUAGGUGGGAGUUGGAUGGGGAGACGUAUUAUGUCGUGACGGGGGAGAUGGUGGGGGAAUAUGCGAGUUGGGUGAAGUUGGUGGGGGAGACGUAUUUUGUGAUUUUGAAUAUUGCGGUUGGUGGGGGAUGGGCGGGGGUGCCGGAUGAUGAGACGUGGGGAGGAAGUGGGAGUGGUAUGGAGGUGGGGUAUGUGGCUGUUUAUAAUGGGGCAUGA